UAUCUUUAACAUCUGGAUUCUGAUAUGCGUAAUCUGUAAUAAACGUUGUCUUGGACGCCCUGCAGCAUGGCAUGUUUAAGGAUUCUUCUCGGCAGUCUUGUAUUACUUGGUAUCCCGGCGUUUGUAUUUUGUGGUGAGUGUUGUAAGGCCCAUUAUGACAUCCUCUUUGAUUACCAUAAAGAGAAGUGGUGCAGCAACUAUUGUUGCUUUCAGUUAGGGAAGUAUGACUGUUGCGACAAUAGCCUUUUACAAGCACCAUCUAGUGAGAGAGACGACUUCUGUACUGAUUAUUUCCACAGUAAUGUGUGGGCGGCUGCACUGAUCGCCAUAGGAAGCAUCGCCCUGAUUGUUGGUCUGUGUGUCUGUUGCUGUAAAGCGUGUUGUGGUAGGAGCCAGUCGGUGGGCGUGGUCGUGCAAGGAGCCAACCCAGGUGUUACUGUGGUCAAUUCCUCGAUGCAGCAGACAGUGAAUCCAAGCCACACGGUGCAGCAACAGCCGGGGUAUCCCGUGAACCAAGCCCCGAGCUACCCAGCCUAGACGGAUUUUUCCUCUCAAAGUGAUCAGCUAGGGAAGACUUUUAGUCACUUGGAACUUAGUAUGAAAUCAAUGUUUAGUAGUCAAUGAAUAUUGCCAACUGCCAGUAAAAUAUAUUUAAACUAAUGAAAGUACAUGCAACUGUGUUUUACAAUUCUGUAAUCACUUGCCAUUGUUUAUUUUAUGUUUAAUUUCUAUAUUCGUCCGGUUUUUUUAUUAUGUAUUGUUGAUUAUUUAAAUCACUUAUAUAUUUUUUUUACUUUUAUAUGUACUAAGUAGGUUUGAAAUAAUAAACAAUUUAACAAGUG